UUAUCACCAAAACACUUGGAAAUUUUUUUUUCGAAAACCAAGCUGCAAAAAUUUCAAAUUUUCAGUUCUUUUGACAUUUACGCGAAGAGAAGCACCUUUGUAAAAAGUAAAGUAAUCCAACCGACCUCAAAUCUACCGAAAAAUUGAAUCAUCAACUCAUUUUAGCUGUUCUCAAUCGUGUAACACAACUCUUCAUGGAUUUCUUGAAUGUUCAACGAAGUAGAACGAACGAUGAAGGGUUCAAAACCGUCACCUCGCAAGAACAAAUCAUCGUUGAAAAUUCCAUCGAAAGUAUAUUUCGAAUAUACGCCGAAAAAAUAGAAAUAGAUCCGGAUGCACCAGUUUUACUAGCUGCAGAACACAUAGAUUACCUGACUAAAUCUCUAACUCACUUACCGUCAACUUAUAUCUGUUUGGAUGCCAGUCGUACGUGGAUGUGUUAUUGGAUCUGUCAUUCGUUGAAUUUAAUGAAACACCAAUUACCUGAUCAAUUGAAAACCAACGUAUUUAAAUUUUUAGAAAGAUGUCAAUCUCCUCAAGGAGGAUUCGGAGGAGGCCCAGGCCAAGCACCUCAUUUAGCAUCAACCUACGCAGCAGUCAACGCGUUAUGUUGUUUGAACAGCGAAGAAGCACUCCGCAUUAUCAAUCGCGAAACAUUAUUAAAUUUCCUAUGGUCGACGAAAUGUAAAUCGGGAGCAUUCUGUUUGGAAGUAGAUGGCGAAGUUGAUAUUCGAGGAGCUUACUGCGCCGCGUCUGUAGCUUCGUUAAUUAAUUUAAAAACUGAUAAACUUUUUCAAAAUACUGCCGAAUGGAUAGUGGCUUGCCAGACUUACGAAGGAGGAUUUUCCGGCUGUCCAGGAAUGGAAGCUCAUGGAGGGUAUACUUUUUGUGGAGUAGCUGCUUUAACUCUUCUGAAUUCGAUGCAUUUGUGCGAUAUGAAAGCUUUAUUGAGAUGGUGCGUUAAUAAGCAGACUUCGUUCGAAGGAGGUUUCCAAGGAAGAACGAAUAAAUUAGUAGACGGUUGUUAUUCAUUUUGGCAAGGAGCUGUGUUCUCAGUCAUGUAUGCAAAUUUCAAUCUCUUAGAAGAUGAACAGGCAAUAUCUAAACAUUUAUUUAGUCAUCGAGCCUUACAAGAAUACAUUUUAAUAUGCUGUCAACACCCUUCCGGUGGUCUACUCGAUAAACCUGGAAAACCUCGAGACGUAUAUCAUAGUUGUUACACACUUAGUGGUCUUUCUGUUUCGCAACAUUUGCCAAGUAGCGAAGUCGAUGUCGUAGGUCAAAAAUCUAAUCUACUUAUGCCAGUGCAUCCUUUGUACAAUCUAGUUCACAAUUGCGUUAAAUUUGCGAUGCAAUUUUUUCGAAACGCUUGAAGAGUAUUAUUAAUUCGUCGAUAUUAAUUUUAUUCGUUGAAAUUCCACGUUUAAGUCAUGUAUUAUUUAUUAUUUUUUUUCUAGUGUAUGAGAAUAAAAAUUACUUUUUUUGUACUUAA